UGUCUCUAUUUCUCUCUCUUCUGCCCCUAACUUUCUCUCUCUAUCUCUAUUUUGUGAUUUUCUCUCUCCUCUGUAAUAAUUUAUAAAUUCUCACAUCAUACUCUCCUUUCAUCUCUCUCUCUUUUUCCUUUUCUGCGUUUUCAUUCAUUCACUCAUCUAAUCAUCUUCUUCCAUCAAUUUCUCUAUUUCAAUCUUAUUUUCUCUAAUUUCUUUUCCAUUCUCACGCAAUUCUAGGGUUUCUUUUUUCCCCUCUUUUGAUCACACAAUCGCGCAACACCCUCCCAGGUGGCAUGUGUGGGGCUUUGAAUUUCGGUUUGAUUAGGGAAGUCCCUUUUCUGUGUUCCCCCCAUUUUCCACCCAUGGGUGUGACUCUCAGAUUGGGGUCACCGUUUUUCUUUUUCUUUUUUGUUUUUCUUUUUGGUUUCCGGGAGAUUGAGAUGGUGGUUUAGCAACUGGGUUGUAUUUCUUACAGGCUUUCAGGAAAUAGUUGUUUGUGUUCAUUUAUGCUUGGUGGGGUUGAUACUUGAGAGGGAUAGAGGCUGGGGUUUGGUUCUAUAUAUAGUAGUGUGUAGCAGUGGUUAGGAAGUUACAGAGGUUCUGUGAGGAUGACAGAUGUUCAGCCACUACAGCAGAAGCCUGAGUCUGCCGAUGCUCAUGCUGAGUUCGAGCGUGGACUGGAGGACUUUAUGCGUGGGCAGUUGGAUGAUUGUAUGUCAUUUGCCUCCUGUAGUUCCUCCCAGGCUCAGGGGGAUGAGGAAGAUGAGGGUGAUCAGCUAGCUCGGAGGAGGCGUAGGUCUGAUCUCGAAGGGGAUGAUUUGGCGGAGUCCUCGGCUGCACAGAGGCGCCACUCGCGAAUUUUGAGUAGGUGGGCUGCUCGGCAGGCGCAGGAGAUGAUAACUACUAUUGAGAGGAGGAAUCGUGAGUCUGAGUUGAUGGCGCUGGCUGGGUUGCACACGGUGUCUAUGUUGGACUCCUCUUUCUUGAGGGGAUCACAGUCCCCAACUUCUGGACAGGAGGGUGCCGUGGAGAGACCGAGCACUCAGGCAUCUGCUAUUCUGCAGAUGUGGCGCGAAUUGGAGGAUGAGCAUUUGUUGAACAGGGCUCGUGACAGGAUGAGGGAAAGGUUGAGGCAACAGAGGGGUUCUGAGUCUAAUACCAAUGGGUCCAGUACCAUGUCUGAUAGUCGAGGCAGUGAGAAUCAAGGCAGUUUGGGGGAUGCGAGUGAAAGCGAAAAUGAUUUUGGUACUUGGUCGCAUGAUCGGAUUGAAUCGCGGAAUGCACGUGGGGACCAUCUUGUGUCUAGCAGGGAGCAAUCUCCUGAUCUUGGCGAAGUCGAGAGGGAGAGAGUUAGACAGAUUGUUCGAGGAUGGAUGGAAAGCGGUAUUGGUGAUCAUUCAUCGAAUGUGAAUCAGAGAAACAAUAAUGGUAGAGCAGAAUGGCUUGGAGAAACAGAGCGUGAGAGGGUAAGAAUUGUCAGGGAAUGGGUGCAAAUGACUAGCCAACAGAGAGGCUCACGUGGGAGCCGGAGGGAUGCUCAAGUCGAUCGAGCACGCGAUGUGGUUGCUGAUCAUGAUGAAGGCCAGCCAGAGCAUGUUCGGCGGGACAUGUUGAGGCUGCGUGGAAGACAAGCUCUAGUUGAUUUGCUUGUGAGGAUAGAGAGGGAAAGGCAAAGAGAGCUGCAGGGAUUGUUGGAGCACCGAGCUGUAUCUGAUUUUGCUCACCGCAACCGCAUUCAGUCUUUGCUCAGAGGUAGAUUCCUCCGAAAUGAAAGAACUGUUGAAGAUGAGAGACCUCCGUCUACGGCUGCAAGUGAAUUAGUGCAGUUGAGACAACGACAUACAGUCUCUGGUAUAAGGGAGGGGUUUCGUUCAAGAUUAGAGAAUAUUGUUCGUAGUCAAGCAAGUACCAAUUCUGAUACUGCAUCAAAUAGUAACAUUAGUGAAAGUGAUGGGAGCCAAGGAAACAACCUGUUGGAUGCCCAACAAGAAAAUUACGAACAAGAGCAGAUUAGGAACUUGGAAUCUGAUGUCCGUCAGUUGCCUAGUCAAACAGGAACUGUGGAGGGUAGCACGAAUGAGAGUAUUAGUUGGCAAGGUGGUGGUAAUCAAGGAGGAACUCGGCAGGAACAGAUUACUGAAGAUGCGGAAGGAAACUGGCAGCAGAGAACCUAUGAUUGGCCACAAGAAACUCCCAGAAAUUUAGCUGGGGAAGACACACAUCCACAAGAAGCACAGAGAGUUUGGCAUGAGGAUAGUACAAGGGAAACUGUUGGUAAUUGGUCUGAAGGACCUUCUGUAGCUCCAAGGAAUCGCCGUGGUGUUCCUAUUAGAAGAUUCAAUAGAUUUCAUCCACCCGAUGAUGAUAAUGUGUACAGUAUGGAGCUUAGAGAGCUGCUAAGCAGGAGAAGUGUUUCUAAUCUUCUUCGCAGUGGCUUCCGUGAAAGUCUUGACCAAUUAAUUCAGUCAUAUGUGGAAAGGCAAGGUCGUGCACCAGUUGACUGGGAUUUGCAUAGGAACUUGCCCAUACCAACUCCUGCCUCAACCGAGCAGGACACUGAUCAGCAAGGGGAUGAACGCAAUGAGGGUCGGCAUGAAGGUAUCAACAGACCUACACUGGUGAUGCCAUCACCUCCAGUACCUCCACCACAACCACUGUGGCACCAGGAUCUGCAUCAAACUGGAUGGUCUCGCCAUAGCAUGCAUCGUUCUGAAAUCGAAUGGGAGAUAAUGAAUGAUCUAAGAUCAGAUAUGGCAAGACUUCAGCAAGGCAUGAAUCACAUGCAGAGGAUGUUGGAAGCGUGCAUGGAUAUGCAGCUCGAGCAUGGUUGCUGAGACAUCUGAUGAUGGGUCCAAGUGGGGGCAUGUGAAAAAGGGAACUUGCUGCGUUUGUUGCGAUAACCAUAUCGAUUCACUUCUGUAUAGAUGCGGGCACAUGUGCACUUGCUCAAAAUGUGCCAAUGAGUUAGUUCGCGGCGGAGGUAAGUGUCCUUUAUGCCGAGCACCGAUUGUUGAGGUGGUCCGAGCAUAUUCCAUACUGUAAAAAAAGGAAGUUAAAAGGGCAUUGGGAAAAAAGUUUAAAAAAGACAGAGAAAAAAAGAAAAGGCGUUGUAAAAACGAUCUGAGGGUGUUUUGAGUCUCAGUUCUUUCCCGGGGUUCUUAUUUAUAGUGUUGAGUAGGGUUGCCUUUGUUUUUCUGAUUAUAUGUGGAACUCCUUGAAUUGUAUAAUUGGAAUAGCAAAUGGCUCUGUUGAUUCAUCAUUCUUGCGUAAAUAAAAUAGUUAUUCUUUCUAAA